UUAUUUAUACGGAGCAUCCGGAGAGCGGUCCUCUGUGUCCCGAAGGCAAAAUGGCUGGACUCCAUCGCCUCCUCGCCCUCCUUGCUCUCGCCCUCGGCACUGUAGCUGUCAGCGUGGCCGAGGAGAAGGCCAAGGAUGCUGACCUCCGCCGCCUCCCCUGCCCUGACCCCCACGACAUCUCCCCCUGCGUGUGCACCGCGGACGAGCAGCACAACAUGGACAUCGACUGCUCGCAGGUGGAGAGCGAAGACCAGCUGGCUCGGGUCUUCUCCUCCACCAUCCCGUUCCCGCACUUCCACGCGCUGUACAUCGAUGGGAACCAGCGUUUAAAAGUCCUUCGGAGAGGAGACCUUGGCCCGGCUUCUUUCGAGCUGAUUCACAUCACAGGAGGCGUCCUCGAGGAAGUGCAGGAGGAGGCGCUGUCCCAAAGUUAUCCAACGUUAUCCCAUAUUUAUAUCCAAGAGAACAACGUGUCGCGGUUUCCAUUCGCCGAACUCCCUCUCUUCACGUCGCUCGUGUUCCUGCAAAUGCACACCAAUUCGCUCGAAAGUUUCCCCGGGUUAGAUUCCGACACCUUGCAGCAGGUGGUUCUGAGCGACAACCCUUUCGGCGAAAUUCCUCUUGAUGGAUUCCAGAGGGUCAAGAAUCUCUACAGCAUAAGUGUCUCCGCUAACGAUGUGGAAAUUCUUCUUCCCGGAACCUUCACAGAUCUUCCUCACUUCACUACUUACAUCUCGACUAGUAACCCAGCUGACAUUCACAUUCCUGCAGGAGCCCCAUUUCAAUUCGGUGGGAAAGGGCAAUCUUUCACCUCCAAAGCAAUGAGCAUCAAAAGCAUUGCAUUGGCGGUAAUUACAGGCGUCAACGCUGGCCACAUCUACCUGGCGAGGAACUCCCUGGUGGUGCUCGAGGAGGACGUGUUCCGCCCGUUUCUUGAAGGAGGAGCCACGCUCGACAUCGACGGAAUGCCAGAGUUGGGUGAAAGAGUUGUUAUUAUUCCUAAUGGAAACAUCUCGAUUAGCACCGAACGUGGGGUGUUCUUUCCUCUUUGGUGUCUGAGACUUGAGGGCCUGCAGCUCUCCGCCGUCAAGGACCCUGGUCCUCGAUAA